AUUUUGAAAAGCCUACGAUACAAUAAAAAUGUUCACAAGAGACAGUUCUAAGGUGAUUUGUGAGGAGAGUCAACUGAAGAGAGAGGUGGUGAUGCGUUGUACGAAACAUUGUCGUCAGUCAGGAUGACCACACCCCUGGAGGGAUAGCUGGAGAGGGCAGGGCAUAAGGUGCAGCCACACCCUCUGAAGGGGGUGGGGCAUGAGACGACGCCACAUGUUC